AAAAUGGUGCAUUGUAUUGGCGCCAUGUUUAAAAAUCAAGGGCAAUGGCGUUCAGUAAUAUUUUUUACUGCUAUUUAUGAUGUACCGCAUCAUUGCUGAAUGUAAAUAUUUUAUGCACUGAUUUUUUUAUACCAAAUUGAUGCUAUACUAACAAAACUGAUGACUUCCGAUUACAAAUAGUAAUCAUAAGUUUAACAUUUUACCAUCCCUUAAUAUAGAAGGGGUAAUAUCGCUUCCAAGAAACAAUUCCUAAAAAAUAUUGAUGUAUAAAUAUGCACACAAUGGGACUGCAAGGACCAAAAAGCAAUUCAGUUUUAGAACAAUCAGUCGUACACUUUAUGUUAAGUUUUAAACGUCUCUGUAUAAUUACAAUGGCAUGCCCAGUUGUCGCUAUACUGAUUUGUUUGUUAACCGCUAUUAUAUUCCAAGCAGAGGAUGUUCACGAAACUCACUGCCGUGUUUAUAAUGUAAUACCAUCUAUUAGUGCCAUUACAGGUGUUAGCCCUCAGAGGUAUCUUUGGAGAAUAAGCGUUGCACUACACAUUGGUCCUCGGUUCAUAAUUGCAGCAGUGUAUAGAGCAUAUCAUGAAAAUAUUAUUAAUCCAACUGCAAACUUAGAUGUACAACUUACUGCACGGAAAUGGCUGUCGAUAGCAUUUUGGUUGGAAAUUAUUGAAAUAGCAUCUUUAUGUGGUGUUACCUAUAUUUCUAAUAAGGAAAAUUACCCAAUUCAUGAAAAGUUAUUUAUUACCUUCAUGAUAAGCAGCCUCACGCAUAUGUUAGCAAGUAUAACAGCAACAAAGAAGGUUGCAGAAACUAGAAAUGAAUUGAGGCAUUUUCAAAAAACUCUCACAAUUAAACUGACAUUAUUUAUUGUAUCCGUAAUAAGUACAGUGGGUUUGGUAGGUUUCUUCUUGGAACACAGAUAUUUAUGUCACGAUAUGGCAUUCAGCUGGUUCGCCUUUUGUGAAUAUGUAGUGGCUUCGGCAAAUAUGGCGUUUCACAUCACUGUUAUAUUUGAUUUUCCUACAGAGUACUUGGUAGUAGCGAGAGGUUUGAAGGAUAAAAAUAAAGUCGCUACCGAUUAGGAAACGUUUUAACAUUAUGAUAGUUACUAGUCACAUUUAUUAGGACUGAUUAAUAAUAAUUUUUGGAAUCUCCAAAAUUAUUCUAGUAAUUUAACGAUUAUUUAUUUUAAUUUUAAUGUACGAGAUUAUUACUGCAAUUAUUAAACCUGAUCUUGGGAUUGUGAUAGUUAUAUUUCCUAUAUUUAUUUAUUUUACAUUGUAGGAUUUAGUUUUCCGAUACCUACUGAUAAAGUAGUCUUAGGCAGCUUUCUGUAGAGUAUAAGCGAAUACAUUUUGUAGUACGUACAUUGUAAGUUUUCAUUGUCUUAUCGUUACCAUUGUUGAAGUGUGAUUAUAAACAUUGAUAACACUGUGAUUUUAUAUGAAAACUGAAUGUAACAUGACAAACUCAUGAAUCUCAUAAAAUAUGUUUUUCGCAUUUAGAGAAAGUUCCAUUUUAUAAAUUUUAAACAACUCAAUUUGUAUUAAAAGUUAGGUGUAUAUAGUAUAUUGAUCUUUUCUUAUACGUUUAUGUAAUAAUGUAUAAUCUUCCAAAUCAAUAACUUAUGUAGUGGUAGACAAAAAAAACGCAUCCAUUAACAAUAUGCAACAUUUCGUUGCACUUCUGGUUGUGCUGUUUGUAAAGUUUGUGCCUUUUUUGUUUUCAAUUAUAUGGUUACAGAGAAAUAUACUUAUAGCUACUUCUUCAAAUUAUAAUGAAACUUACAUUUGAAUAGCUGCAAUAAAUGCUUUAUUAAACGAACAGGUACAUAUGACUACUGUACUGUAACGACAUUACAUAAAAAGUAUUGACAUAAUUUAAUAUGUAAUAAACCUGGUUAAGUAAUUUAUUUUUCCAAGUUUUAUGAACGCCUUAUUAUAAUGAACUACAUAUGUGAAGAACAUUCAAAUCUUUUAUUUACUUAAUCACGCAACUGCUCAGAGAUAUGCCUUGUUUUAAGUAAUCUUAGGAUAUGUAAUUGCUUUAACUCAUGUAUUUUAAUUAGAUUGUAACUGACGUUUUUUUUUGUAUAAUGCACGAUAUACGUACUCUUCUUUAUGUUGUACUCAAGCAUUGUAUUUCAUGAGACAUUAUAAAUUUUUACAGAG